AUGACGCCCACACAGGGCCGCAAGUUCUCAACGGGCACCUCGGUGCACCGGAAGAGACAGAUGAGCACCAUGCACGAGCAGGGCAACACCUUUGGCCCAGCAUUGACGGUCAGCAGCCCUACACUUAGCCCCUCUGUCAUCCAGCUUACCUGUACUCUCUAUGUUGGCAUUUCGGCUGUCUUUGCCGAUGAUCAUACUGCUGUCGUGGCCACUGCUGUCCACGAUACCGUUUACCUCGUUGACUUCACCGUCAAGAAUGUUGUGCUUGACGAUGCCCUUCGUAUGGGGGAAGAUGCCAUUGCUGACUACGUCAUUUCUACCCUCGAAGGCUAUGAGCGGGAGAACUAUUCCAAGUUCAUCGGUGCCGGCCUUCCCACGACCCUCAAGUACAUGAGUCCUAGCCUAUGCUCGCGUCUCUGGCUCGAGCUCGAUAUCGUCCCGGUUGUCACUCGUCCCGACGAUGAGCACAAGGGGCAGAACUUUUGGGACGUCAAGCGGGUUGACGAGCAGGCGGACUCGAUGGCCCGAAAGUGUAUCAUGAACUUCGGGCCGUCCCUGGUGCCUCUUCUGCAGGUUGGCUUCCGCGGUGUUGUUCAGACCGAUGCCGGAUUCCGUGUCCACCUCACCACGGUGCAGAAUCACAAGGAUACAUGCGGUUCUGCCACCUGGGAUGCCAUGAUGCACUACGCCACCAAGCUGCGAACCAACAACGUCAAGGUGGCCUUCUUCAGCAGCACCCCCCAAGGUGGCGGUGUUGCCCUAAUGCGUCACGCUCUCGUACGUUUCUCCCGAAUGAUGGGCGUCGAUCUGACGUGGUAUGUGCCCAAGCCGCGCCCUGGCGUCUUUCGCAUCACCAAGAACAUUCACAACAUCUUGCAAGGUGUCAGCCACCCCGACCAGAGAAUCAGUAGGGAUGAGAAGCAGAGUAUUAUCGACUGGAUCACCGACAAUGCUAACCGAUAUUGGCUGUCCGAGGGUGGCCCGCUGCGCCCCCCCGAGGAGGGUGGUGCAGAUGUUGUCAUGAUUGAUGAUCCCCAAAUGCCUGGCUUGAUCCCUUUGAUUAAGAAGAUUACACCUAAACGACCGGUGUUGUACCGCUCGCACAUCCAGAUUCGCAACGACUUGACCACGAAGGAUGGCACGCCGCAAGCUGACAUUUGGGACUUCCUCUGGAGCAAUAUCCAACAUGCCGACAUGUUCAUUAGCCACCCAAUACCCAAAUUUGUCCCCCACAAUGUCCCAUCGGAGAAGGUUGUUUACUUCCCCGCCACCACUGACUGGCUCGACGGCCUCAACAAGCCGUUGAACGAGUGGGACACUGGUUACUACGGCCAUAUCUACAACGCUGCCUGUCACAACCAGCGUAUGACAGAGGUUGCUUGGCCUGCACGCAAGUACAUUAUCCAAUGUGCCAGGUUCGAUCCCUCCAAGGGCAUCCCGACCGUCAUUGACUCUUACGCCGAGUUCCGUCGCUUGUGCGACGAAAAGGGCGUAACUGAAGUCCCUCAGCUGGUAGUGUGUGGCAACGGCUCGGUGGAUGACCCGGACGCCAGCAUGAUUUACGACCAAACAAUGGCUCAAAUCGAGGAGCACUACCCUCAUUUGAAGCAAGACUGCAGUGUCAUGCGCCUCGAACCUAACGACCAGCUCCUCAACACUAUGCUGGCCAAUGCACAUGUUGUACUCCAGCUCUCCACACGCGAGGGCUUUGAAGUCAAGGUGUCCGAGGCCCUCCACGCCGGCUGUCCUGUCAUCGCCACUCUCGCUGGAGGCAUCCCUCUCCAAGUCAAAGACAAGGUCAACGGCUUCCUAGUGGAGCCUGGCGACUGGCAAGCUGUCGCUGGCUACCUUCUUGAUCUGUUCACAGACGACGAGCUACAUCAGAAGAUGAGCCAUGCCGCAGCCACGGGUGUCAGUGAUGAGGUCGGCACGGUAGGCAAUGCACUUGGUUGGUACUACCUAGCAUCCAAAUGGGCCGAGGUUGGCGUUAGGCCCGGCCUACGAGGAGAUAGAAAAUGGGUUAAUGACAUGGCUCGCGAUGAAGCUGGCAAGCCGUACGCCGAUGGCGAGAACCGUUUGCCUCGGCAUUUCACCCAGGAGCCGAAUCUGCCAAGUGUGGAAGGGGAAUCUGUUCAGGCUUGA